UAUAAAUGACUUUGGACGGUCCUCGUGAAUAGGUCACGGACGAGUGCUUUUACUACCGUGUCAGUCUCGCAUCGAUUUCUCUUGAACAACGUGAUUCCUUAAACUCCCGAUUUAACUACCGAUUCUCUGUUUUGGUCAGAUUAAUGGUUCACAACUCGUAAAGCUGAGUUCUUUAAUCUGGGUUUCUGUUAAAAAAUGGAACUUGGGCUUGUGGAGUUGUUGAGAGCAGCUUGGAUUGCAGGGACACUGCCUAUACUUAUAGCUUCACUGCCAUGUUCUUGGCUGGGUUCUUUUCAUGGACUUGUUUUGGGGUUUGCAAGGAGAGGAAAGAUCAUGAAAUCAUCAUCUCAUCACAAAUUCACUGUUCCUCAAAGAUUCUUUUCUCAUUUCUAUGUGGUGGCUGUGGUGUGGACUACUCUCUUGCUUAUUGCAACAUGGAUUUAUGCACGUAGAAUGGCACCGAUUGUUUCUGAGCCGUUUUUCUACUCUGAUUUAGUCAGCUACUUGGCAGGACGUUCGAACACCUUUUCAUUUCAUCGAUCACAGUUGAUUAAUUCAGAGAAUAAAUUCAGGGUUUGGCUUUCUGUGUUUCUGCUCCUGUUAAUGGAAGUUCAAGUCUUGAGGCGUCUUUUUGAGACGUUAUAUGUAUUUAAAUACAGACCCUCAGCUCGGAUGCACAUUUUCGGCUAUCUAACUGGUCUUUUUUUCUACACAGCAAUGCCCCUGACACUCUGCUGUACUUGUGCGCCUAAUGUAUUCAAAUUUUGCACAAGUGAAGUGAUGGAGUUCAUUGUUAAAGACAGAAGCUCAAUGCAAGCCAUUGAAUUUGAUUGGUGGGACCUUGUUAAUCUUUUUUCGAAGCUUGGAUGGUGCCAAUGGAUUGGUGCAGCUAUAUUUCUUUGGGGUUGGAUUCAUCAGCAUCGUUGCCAUGCAAUUCUUGGCUCACUAAGGGAACAUGUGGGAAAGGUUGAUGAAUAUGUAAUACCCUGUGGUGAUUGGUUCGAGAUUGUUUCAUCUCCACACUAUUUGGCAGAGAUUGUUAUAUAUGCUGGCGUGGUUUUUGGUAGUGGAGGGGCAGACCUCACCAUUUGGUUGCUUUUCGGAUUUGUGGUAUCAAAUCUGAUAUUUGCAGCUGCAGAAACACAUAGGUGGUAUCUUCAGAAAUUUGACAAUUAUCCAAGCAACCGUGUUGCAAUUAUUCCAUUUGUAUGUUAAAAUUUCAAAGAACACGUUUCCCAUUGUUGCAUGCUGUUGCCAUCAUGGCUACCACAAAUUCUUGACAUGUGAUGAGAAAAUUUUCCUAGAGAAUCAAAUUAGUUUGAUUGGUGAGUUUUUGCAUCACUUGAAAGACGGGGUUAUGGUGAGUGUUCAUGGGAUGCCUAGAUGUCCUUACAGAAGCGAUUGAAUUCUAUUUGAUUGUGUUUUUCCUGUAA